AUGGAGGUGCCAGAACUCACUCGUGCUUUCUCGCCCACCGGGGGCCAGCUGGCUCCAGCUCCUGGACACCCAGGAGCCCUAGGUGGGCAGGUCUCACCUCACCUGACCCUGGGCCCUGUCAUUCUGCCACCGGAGCAGGGUCUGGCCUCUACCGUGUUCCUGAAGGCCCUGCCCAUCCCAUUGUACCACACAGUGCCUCCGGGGGGCCUCCAGCCACGUGCCCCCCUAGUGACACACAGCCUGGACGGGGGCAGUGUGCCCUUUAUUCUCAGCCCCCUGCUGCGGCCUGAAGGACCUGGCCCUACCCAGACGGGGAAGCCAGCGGCCCCAGCACUCACCAUGAACAUUGUGGGCACUCUGCCUGUCCUGUCGCCGGGCCCGGGGCCCACGCUGGGGAGCCCGGGCAAGGUACGGAAUGCCGGCAAGUACCUUUGCCCACACUGUGGCCGGGAUUGCCUGAAGCCCAGUGUUUUGGAGAAGCACAUCCGGUCCCACACGGGUGAGAGGCCCUUUCCGUGUGCUACCUGUGGUGUCGCCUUUAAGACCCAGAGCAACCUGUAUAAGCACAGACGCACCCAGACCCACCUCAACCACUCUCGGCUGUCCUCGGAGUCUGAUGGCGGUGGGGGCAGCCUCCCGGAGGAGGGGGACAAGGCUGGAGAGAGCUCCAGAGCGGAUGGCGUGGGGGACGGCAGCAGCCAGAGGGUGGGUGGUGGGGCCCGAUGGGAGAGACCCCUCUCUCUAGGCGCCCAGGGUGCUGGGCAGUGCCCAGCGCCUGCCAUGCCCCUGUCUUCUAUUGCCAAGACCCUGGCUCUGAAGUUGGAAGCUGUUCCCUGUCCAGGGUCCGCAUUUGCUGACAGAGAGACCCCCGUGGACUCUGCCCGCACGGCCUCCCCUGGGCUUGCCCUGGCUGGCUCCCAGCCGAGGAGGAAGCUGCCAGAGCAGAUGUCCCCGACUGCCGGCCGGCUGUGCUCCCUGCAGCAGCAGCAAGCGGCCACGUCCUCGGAGAAGCCCUGGGACGCCAAGGCCUUGGAGGGCCGGCUGCGGAAGUGUGAGAGCACCGACUCGGGCUACCUGUCCCGCUCUGACAGCGCAGAGCAGCCGCCGGCCCCCGGCAGCCCCUUGCACAGCCUGUCGGAGCACAGUGCCGAGUCUGAGGCGGAGGUGGCCCUGGGGCCCGGGGGGCCUAGCCUGCAGCUGGAGAAGAAGCAGCUGGAGGAGCGCAUCACCUGGCUCAUCUCCCACAAUCAGGCCGUGGUGGAUGAUUCCCAGCUGGACAAUGUGCGGCCCCGCAAGACUGUCCUGUGCAAGCAAGGCAGCAUCGACCUGCCCAUGCCCUACACCUACAAGGACUCCUUCCACUUUGACAUCCGGGCGCUGCAGCCAGGCCAGAGGAAACCCGCUGCCCUCAGCUCGGCCCGUUCCACCUUCACCCCCCCAGACAAGGCACGGCCACUCUUCUUUCACUCUGUCCCCGCUCAGCUCUCCACCACCGUGGCAUGUGUGCCCAUCACCAGGAGCAACUCACUGCCCUUUGUCGAGGGCACCAGGAUAUGGCAGGAGCCCUCGGGCCCCCGGGCCACCUGCCCCAGGAGGCAGAAGCCUCUAAGCCCCAGGCCUGCCCCCGCCCGACUGGUGGAUGUCCCCAGCGGCCACCCCCGGGCCCUGGUCAGACAGGCUGCCGUGGAGGAUCUGCCAUGCCCCCCCACUGGAGACAGCCUGGUGCCUGCAGAGGACACGGAUAGAAACAGAGCUGCUGCUGGGGAGGGGACAGCCAGCAAGGGCAGAGCAGGCAGUAAGAAGUGUAGCCAGAGGAAGCUGAAGAUGUUCUCCCAGGACAAGUGGCAGGUGUAUGGGAAUGAGACAUUCAAGAGAAUCUACCAGAAAAUGAAAACCAGUUGCCACAGAGGGAAGAAGGCAAGGGAGAUGACCCUGGGUAGUGGGACAGAGCUGGCCUUUCCUCUCCAGGAAGAGUUAGCAGGGAAUGAGGGCACAGUCCCGUCCCAGGACAGGAGGACCCCUGUCCAUGGGGACACAGCUGUGGGGGUCAAGCCAGGGCCUUGCCAAAGUCCACUGGCCCCGGAGGGCUUCUUGGUGAUGGAGUCCCCCAAGCAGAGGGAGAUGGUGGCCAGAGCAGGAGGCAGUGACCAGCCUAGGGUGAACAGGGCCACCUCGCCCCCCACCCUCAGCUGCAGAGAACCCCCCUGUUUGGGCAGCAAGAGCCCCCUGCUUUCUCCAAAUGGGAGGCUGGAGCUGGGGUGUCAGCUGCCUGCAGCACCUGGUCCCCUCAGGGGAGGUGACCUAGAGGCUCCCAAGCUGAUUUUGCCAGACCCUAAGAUGGAAGAAGGCACCCGUGGUGGUGGGGACAAGAAGGAGACCUGUCAGUGGACCCAAACUGUGCCGAGGCGGCCCAGUGGUAGCUCUGGGGAGUCCCAGCCCUCAGAGGACAAGCUCCCCUCAGAGAGGAAGAAGCUGAAGGUGGAGAAGCUGAGCUGCCAGGAGCAAUCAGAGCCUCUGGGAACAGAAAGAGAGGCCCCAGGUGGCCCCGUGCAGGCCACCUCCCCGCCAUCUCAGAACCAGGACUGUGACCCUGGGGAUAAGCCAGGGGAGCUGCAUGAGAGUGCUGAUGGCGUGGCCAGGGGCAGGGCUGGGCAGCCGGGCAGGCCCUUGGAGCUUUCCGGCGCCCCCUCUGCUGCUCCUUCUGUGGCCCUGAGGCAGGUGGGGCUGAGGGAAGAGAUCUUGCUGUGUCCUAGAGCCGCGUCCCGUGGGCAUCAGUCCCCCCUGGCCACUCAGGCUCCUGGUGUCUUCGCUGCCCUGGCAGACACUGCCUUCCCUCCCAAGUACCUCCUCAGGCUGCCUCAGGAAGAGACCCACCCACCACCUCCCGUCGCCCUGGGGCCGGGACAAGGCCAGGACCCUGUCUGCAGGAGAAGCUGGCCCGAGGAACAGGCAUCCUUUGUCGGGUCAGGGCUGGGGACCCUCCUGCCUCCCUGCCCGGCUUCAGGCUUGGCCCCCGGUGGGGCAGACACCUUCCAGGAGGACCCCAGCUACUCUAGGCCAUGGGGCAGGAGAAAAGGGGUGCAGGGAGAGGAGAAAGGAUACUUGGACCCUGGCACCCCAGCAGCGGGGCAGUCCUGUGGCUCAUCCACCAGCAGCCCCAGGGAGACAGCCUCCUUCUUGCCCACCCCAACGUGUGCCACCUGGAAGAGUGGGCCCCCUGACACCCGACACCUCUGCACGGGCAGCACUGUGGUGGGGUCCAAGCCAUCUGGGGGUGUCCUGAGUCCCUGUGCACUUAGCAGGGAGUUGGGACCUCCUGAGAAUGCCCCGGAAGACCCUCCCUCGGGGCCUCUGGCUGGGCUCAGUUCCAGCCGCUCCUUCCUCACAGCCCCCACGCCCCCCGGCUGGCUGGAGCUGGCCUCGUGUACCCACUCAGAGACCCUGUGGAGCUUCAGGGCCCACGGCCCUUUCCCGUCAUUGAGGGCCGAGCCCCGACUCACAUGGUGUUGCUUGAGCCGAAGCCUGCCUCUGCCCACGGAGCAGAAGGAAAAGGCUGCUUCUGUGUACUUGGCACUGCACUUCCUUGGUGGCAGCGCCCAGGACAAGGGUCCAGACGCCCGGCCCGUGAGCAGGGCGGUGGUGGGAGGAUGGACGAAGACAGGCCUGGGAGAAGGAGGGCAGGUCCAGACACCAAAGCUCUUCUGCCCAGUGGCCUCAGGGAUGGUGUCCCAGCCUGAAUGGAAGAAAGGACCACCGUGGAGGAAGGCGAAGAUGUUUCGGGGGAGUGGCAAACAGAAGCUGAGCAUCCGCUCCAGAAGGUACAAAGGGAGUUUCUUACAGAGCCGCGUCCAGCCGAGAGGGGGUGGACCGCGCAGGCCUCCCAGAGUGCUGAGAAAAGACCGCCACCUACCCCCACUCGAGGGGCUGGGCUCACGCGGGACCUGCAGGCAGCCUUCUUCAGAAAUGGCAGGUCUGAAUCUGCAAGAGGAACCGUCUCGUGCCUCUUCAGAAUCACCUGUUGGUUGUGGGCACAGAGAGAAGGAAGAGGAUGAUGGCUCCAGACAAACUUCGGGAAGCUUCUCUCCCAGCACAAGUUCAAGGGCCGGGAGUGGAAUAGACCAAGUAAUUGUGAAGGUAAUUUCUCCAGCUGCCGGUGGGCGCGGUGACCGCCACCGUCGGAACACUGCUGCCGGGUCAGGACAGUCUGAGUGGCCGGGCUCCUGCAUGGCCGUGGCUACCGACAGCCUUCUGUCUCCAGGCAGAAGUCUCAGCCCGGGAUUGCUGGAGACCCGGCCGUUGCCCUCCCAGGAGCAAGUCUCAGUAGAUAUGAAACCAUACAUUUCCUCCGAUGCUCAGGAGCCUUCUUCCUUUGAGUCCAAAGGAGCCUCUCCCUGCCAGGAUGUUGCUCCUUCUGUGGCUGCCAUUUGUGCUGUGGGGGAGAGAGCAGGUCACACAACCCUGGGAAUUGACGGUGCGGAGCCGCAAGACCACAGAGCUGCAGGGGAGGCUCUGACACAAAGCUCCCCAGACAGAAAAGCUGAAGCAGAGGGCAUGUCACCACCAGCCCUGCCAGGGAGACCUUCAUCUGAGCAAAGAAUUUCAGGUUUGGUUUUGUUGGAGUCAACUGGAAAAACUCAUCUUGAAAUACCAGCAUCAGGACCAGGCUCAGCUAGUUCAUACCAAGAGGAAGGGGAACACAAGAUGUUUUUUCCUACUGGGGGACAGGAGGGGCGUGGAGAGAUGGUAGUGCCCUGCCCUCCUUUAGGAAAUGAGAGUGGGAAAUGUCGAGGCUCUGGAUUAACUGCUCUAAAAGAUUGUGGGGUUCCUUCUAAGCCAGGGCAGCCCAGAGAAUCCCCUGAAUCCCCUUCAAAAUCUGUCAAAAGGAGGGGUCUGGAAGGACUGAGAAAGCAGACUCGAGUGGAGGUCAGUGACACCAGCAGUGACGAUGAAGACCGGUUAGUGAUAGAGAUGUGA